AUGACUGAGAUCAAGAACUUACUGACCAGCGUUUCGGAGUUGGAGGAAAAGAAACCCGAUUUACCCACGAACAAGCUGUAUUCGUUGAUAGAUAAAUCGAAAGCAGAGGCAGUAAGAGACGGCGCUCUGCUGGAAAUUAGCGAUUCCGACAGCGACAACGAUGACAUUAAAACUUCAAAGAUAAAACCACUUUCGAAGAAGCAGAAAACUGAUAAGUCACCAGAAGACGAAAAAUCGAAUUCGUCAAAAUCUGACGGUCGCAUAACAAACCCGAAGAAGGACCUCGUUUUCUAUCUUGAGAAAAAGUCGAAGGUCGACAUCGAAUUGCGAAAAAAAGAGAUUGAAGUCCGAGAAAUGGAAGCUGUCAAUAAGGCUGCCGAGUUAAAAAUAUUGGAAGCCAAAGCAGCAGCAGAGGUGGAAGAGCGUAAACGGAUUAACGAUUUUUUUAUAAAAAUGGCAUCGCGCGAAUGA